CCCUGCCUGUACCCUGUUACUCUCUCUCCUCUUGUGUUAUGCUGUGGUGUUGACCUCUGACCCCUGUGCUGUCUAUUGUCAGGUGAUAUUCUACCUGGGGCAGUACAUCAUGAAGAAGCAGCUUUAUGACAUGAAGCAGCAACACCUAGUGCACUGUGCUGACGACCCACUGGGGGCUGUACUGGGAGUGGACAGCUUCUCUGUUAAAGAGCCACGAGUCCUCUUCGCUAUGAUCACACAAAAUCUCCUAGCAGUGCAAAAUCAAGAAUCCCAGUCUCUGUUCACGGAACCCAGGAGCCAGAGUGAACCGGAUAGAGGGCCUAAGGAAACAGACUCGGACUGUCCUUCAUCAUCAUCUACCUCAGAACGCAGGAGGAGGAGGAGUGACCCUGCGGGCACAUCAUCGACACAAGAGGAGGACGGCUGUGAGCCCAGGAAGAGGCAUAGGUCAGACAGCUUUUCUCUAACCUUUGAUGACAGCAUGUCCUGGUGUGUGAUAGGAGGCCUGAGACGAGACCGGAGGAGCACUGAGUCUUCAGACUCCCACAGUAACACUGAAGUAGGUUCAUCGGUCAGUGACGUGUGUGACGAUGUUCUGAGCCAGGAUCUGGACUCUGAUAACUUCAGCGUGGAGUUUGAGGUGGAGUCCAUUGACUCGGAUGCCUACAGCGAUCCCGAAGAGGCUUCAGUGUCUGGAGAGGACGAGGUGUAUGAAGUCACCAUCUUUGAAGCAGAGGAGGAGGACUCGUUCGAUGACGACACUGAAAUCACGGAAGCAGACUACUGGAAGUGCUCGAAGUGUGAGGAGUUGAACCCUCCCCUCCCCCGUAACUGCAACCGCUGCUGGAAGCUAAGAAAGGAUUGGUUUCCCGAGUCUGACAGCAACUCUGCUAUCACCACCACCACCACCACCACGGCCCCCAACCUCAAACCUUUGCCCCCCAAGCCUUCCCCAGCCCCGACAGAGACAGACGAGACCGAGGCUGAAGGACUGGAUGUCCCAGACGGGAAGAGAGCCCGGUCGCCCCUUCCCCUCCUCAAAGACUCCCAGGAAUUGGUGUCCGUCUCUGGCCCCGAUUCCCAAGACUCGGCCUGCUCCUCCCAGCCCUCCACCUCUUCUUCUUCUUCUUCCGGUGGUGUAGGCUCAGGCUCGUCCUCUAGCGCCCCCUUCAGCCAGGAAGUGAUGGCACCGGACCUGGAGCGCUUCAACAGCCAGGAGGCUCACCUCCCCGCCAGCUGCCUGGAGCCCUGCGUCAUCUGUCAGACCAGGCCCAAGAACGGCUGCAUCGUACACGGACGCACCGGACACCUCAUGGCCUGUUACACCUGCGCCAAGAAACUGAAGAAGAGGAACAAGCUGUGUCCAGUCUGCAGGGAACCUAUCCAGUCCGUCGUCUUAAUCUAUCUCAGCUGAAGGACGGCUAUCGGCUAGACUGGCUUGCAUCCCAAAUUAGAAGUCUAUUCCCUAUGUAGUGCACUACUUUCAACCAUGGCCCAUAGGGCUCCGGUCAAAAGUAGUGCACUAUAUAGGGAAUAGGGUGUCGUUUAGGAUGUAACCUAUAGCUACAACAACUCCCUGAUCCAAAACACCAUAACUCUGAAUUAAUAAAAUGUGUAUAUAUGUUUCAUUGUUUAUUUGGAAGUGGUUUUUAUUUAUGAACUGUCUGAGUGUCUUGACUCUAUCAAGCAAGGUGCCUGUUGUUGAUUUGUGAUGGAUUUAUAGUGUUAAUAAUCUCCUGAUGUGUUCUAUCUAGGGUUUCAAAUGGAUCAAAUUCUCUUAGCAGUGAUAUAUUCACUUUAUUUUAUUAUUUUGAUUUGAAUAAAGUAUGUCUAUCAAAUUAACACUUAUAAAUUGGUAACGAUGGUAGUUUUUGUUGUUUUAUUUUCACCUAGUCUUCCCUCUAUCCUGCACAGAUGAUUUUGAUAAUGAUAGUCUUAUAAUUGGAUCUAUAAUGAUAUGGGGUAAAUCUAUGUGAAAGUCAACGUUCACCGGCAGAAAGAGACUUUGUUGUUGUUUGUUGUUGCCGAGUGGGUAGUAGUUGCUAGGGGACUACUUUUCAUUAAAUCUCAGCAAACAUG